UAUGUCCUGCUGCGCUCCAGUCCGACAGGUGGCGAUAGUGCACCGAUAAUUUGUUUACAAGUAGCCUAUGACAGACAGGAAGUAGAAAUUCAGACGCUCUGUUGUUGUCUCGCGCUUUCAGUUGAACAAGGCAGUUAAUAGUAAUGGCGGAGGAAGAGGACGAGCCGGGCUUCGAGGAGGAGCUGGAGGACGGCUCCGGCGGGGUGGACGCCGCUGGCCACGGCAGAAGGAAAAGGCUCUUCUCGAAGGAACUCCGCUGCAUGAUGUACGGCUUCGGCGACGACCAGAACCCGUACACAGAGUCCGUGGACAUCCUGGAGGACCUGGUUAUCGAGUUCAUCACGGAGAUGACCCACAAAGCCAUGUCCAUCGGGCGGCAGGGCCGCGUCCAGGUGGAAGACAUAGUUUUUCUGAUCCGCAAAGAUCCCAGAAAAUUUGCCCGCGUCAAAGAUUUGCUGACCAUGAACGAGGAGCUGAAGAGAGCCCGGAAAGCUUUCGAUGAAGCCAAUUAUGGCUCUUAAUGGACACACAUGUGGACACAUACUGCUGAUGCAUCUGAUUACAAUAUUCGUGAACUCUGUUUUAUUUUUUUCAACUUGACUUCCUCUAUUUCUCAGUGGCUUAGCAUCAUAGCUCAAUACGCAAUGCCAAAAUCUCUCAUAUAUUUUAUAAAGUUAUCUGAAACAGUUUAAAUAAAGUAAAUGACUUGUUCUUUUUA